CCCGGCCCGCCUGGGCGGCGAUGCCGACACAGCGGGACGGCGGCGCCGGGAGCACCAUGUCGGCUCCGGGCGGCCUCGGGGGCAGCCUCGGCGGGGACAGCGCCCACCAGGUCCGGGUGAAAGCCUACUACAAGGGGGACAUCAUGAUAACCUAUUUUGAGCCUUCCAUCUCCUUUGAGGGCCUGUGCAGUGAAGUUCGGGACAUGUGCUCCUUUGACAACGAGCAGCUUUUCACCAUGAAGUGGAUUGAUGAGGAGGGAGAUCCAUGCACUGUUUCCUCUCAGCUGGAGUUAGAAGAGGCCUUUAGGUUGUAUGAACUAAACAAGGAUUCAGAGCUUCUGAUCCAUGUGUUUCCUUGUGUCCCAGAGAGGCCUGGCAUGCCUUGUCCAGGAGAAGAUAAGUCCAUUUAUCGCCGAGGCGCCCGCCGGUGGCGAAAGCUCUAUUGUGCAAAUGGUCACACUUUCCAAGCCAAACGAUUUAACAGGAGAGCUCACUGUGCCAUCUGCACUGACCGGAUAUGGGGCCUGGGGCGCCAGGGCUACAAGUGCAUCAACUGCAAACUCCUUGUGCACAAGAAGUGUCACAAACUUGUCAACAUUGAAUGUGGCCGUCACACACUACAGCCAGAGCCAAUAAUGCCUAUGGAUCCAUCAUCAGUGCAUUCAGAUAGUGUAGAAACAGUGAUACCAUACAAUCCUUCGAGUCAUGAGAGCCUGGACCAUGUUGGUGAAGAAAAAGAGGCAAUGAGCAUUAGGGAAAGUGGCAAAGCUUCCUCCAGUCUGGGCCUGCAGGAUUUUGAUUUGCUGCGGGUCAUUGGAAGGGGCAGCUACGCCAAAGUGCUGCUGGUGCGGCUGAAGAAAACCGAGCGCAUUUACGCCAUGAAGGUGGUGAAGAAAGAGCUCGUCAACGAUGAUGAGGAUAUUGAUUGGGUUCAGACGGAGAAACACGUCUUUGAACAGGCCUCAAAUCAUCCCUUUCUGGUCGGACUGCACUCUUGCUUCCAGACAGAAAGCAGGUUAUUCUUUGUUAUAGAGUAUGUCAAUGGAGGAGAUCUGAUGUUCCAUAUGCAGAGGCAGAGGAAGCUGCCAGAGGAACAUGCCAGGUUUUAUUCUGCUGAAAUCAGUCUAGCACUGAACUAUUUACAUGAGCGAGGGAUAAUCUACAGGGAUUUAAAACUGGAUAAUGUGCUCCUAGAUUCUGAAGGGCAUAUUAAACUCACAGAUUAUGGCAUGUGCAAGGAGGGUCUGAGGCCUGGUGACACAACCAGCACGUUCUGUGGGACUCCAAACUAUAUUGCACCUGAAAUUCUCCGGGGAGAGGAUUACGGCUUCAGCGUGGACUGGUGGGCCCUUGGUGUGCUGAUGUUUGAGAUGAUGGCGGGCCGGUCGCCGUUCGACAUCGUCGGGAGUUCUGACAACCCUGACCAGAACACAGAGGAUUAUCUCUUCCAAGUAAUUUUGGAAAAACAGAUCCGAAUUCCGCGAUCCCUCUCUGUGAAAGCAGCGGGUGUUUUAAAGAGUUUCCUUAACAAGGAUCCAAAGGAACGCUUGGGCUGCCAUCCUCAGACAGGGUUUGCAGACAUCCAGGGCCAUCCCUUCUUCCGCAACGUGGACUGGGAUCUGAUGGAGCAAAAGCAAGUGGUGCCUCCAUUUAAACCAAAUAUAUCUGGAGAAUUUGGUCUGGAUAACUUUGAUUCCCAAUUCACCAAUGAACCUGUGCAGCUCACUCCAGAUGAUGAUGAUAUUGUGAAGAAGAUUGACCAGUCUGAAUUUGAAGGCUUUGAAUACAUAAAUCCUCUUUUGAUGUCAGCUGAGGAAUGUGUCUGAAUUCUCCAUUUCUGAACUGUGCCAAUUGUUACUCCGUUUGUUUCUGCAUGGAUAAACAUCUCUCCAUUUGGAUGCACUUGCAUAAAAUGAGUAACUCAACAUCCUGCCCUUGCCACCACCUAGUGUGAAUUUUCUUUUUGUAUUGAUUAUUGUCCAGGACAGUUGUUAGGCUGAACCUUCAGCUGCCAGAUUUAAAAUGUUAGAACUUUCUAACAAUUUUGCCAAAUUUGAAUUGUAAUACAGGAGUUGGUCUCUGGGGCUCCUGACUGAACAUAAGGGUCUGACUGUAUAAUUUGCCAGUACAGUGUUCUGU